AUGCCGGCAGUAGAGGUCAUGCUGACAGUAGAGGUCAUGCUGACAGUAGAGGUCAUGCUGACAGUAGAGGUCAUGCCGACAGUAGAGGUCAUGCCGGCAAUAGAGGUCAUGCUGGCAGUAGAGGUCAUGCCGGCAGUAGAGGUCAUGCCGACAAGAGAGGAGGAGGAAUGUCGUCAGAGGGAGGAUGCAGACAGACUGAGGAAGGAGAGAGAGAAACAUUUUCAGAAAGAAGAGGCUGAAAGACUGGAGAGGAAGAAGCGUCUGGAGGAGAUUAUGAAGAGGACACGUCGCUCAGGCCCAGCGGAGAAGAAAACCACUCCUCACAAGAACGUAGACGAAUCCGGUAACUCCCUACCGAUCUGUCCUCUCAGUGCGUCGAGCUGUGAUUCUCCAGGCCCCUUAGUGAGCAUGUCAGGGGCCGAGCACAGCGACAGCAACGGCCAUGGAGCCCCCAGCCUCAACACUGACCCCAGCCUCAACACUGACCCCAGCCUCAUCACUGACCCCAGCCUCAUCACUGACCCCAGCCUCAACACUGACCCCAGCCUCAUCACUGACCCCAGCCUCAUCACUGACCCCAGCCUCAUCACUGACCCCAGCCUCAACACUGACCCCAGCCUCAACACUGACCCCAGCCUCAACACUGACCCCAGCCUCAACACUGACCCCAUCCUCAACACUGACCCCAUCCUCAACACUGACCCCAGCCUCAACACUGACCCCAGCCCCUAACACUGACCCCAGCCCUAACACUGACCCCAGCCCUAACACUGACCCCAGCCCUAACACUGACCCCAGCACAGCACUGCUUCCACCUGCUGACGAGAGGGAGAACGGGUUGUUUGAGGAAGUGAUAGUUCUCUCUGCUGACUCCAG